AUGGCAGGUAAAGACCAGAACUCCGACCCAAACCAGCUCUCAAGCAUCCCACACGAGCGCAAAGGCGAUAGACCCGACUACUCACAACCUCUCCCACGUCAAAAACUGCCCCAAGAGCUCCAAGAUACCCUCGACCAAGAAGACCGCUUUUGGGACGUCCUCACCUCAGGCAACGCAGGCGAAACAACCGACUCCAGCGUCCGCUAUGCCGCCUACGCCUCACGCCUCCGCACAAUCAUGCUUUCCGCGCACCGCUACGUAGCAUACACCUCAGACAUAGGAGAAUCCUUCCGACCGGUCGCACAUCCAUGGUUAGUCCGAGGAGCGUACGGCGUGAGUUGGGCAUAUCUCGCCGGCGAUGUUUCGCAUGAAGGAUACAAAGCAUACAAAAAUAACCAGAGAAUUUUACAUCCUGAGACGGAUGAAGAGAAAGCUGCGGUGGCGAUCAGACCCGGAGGACAGCAUGUUCCUGCGAUAGAGGACUAUAGGGCUGUGAUGGUGCAGAGGGCUGUGUUUCAGGGUAUUGCGAGCAUGGGAUUGCCGGCGUUUACGAUACAUAGUAUUGUGAGGUAUUCGGGGCGAGCGAUGAAGAAUGUGAAGAAUGUGAGGUUAAGGACGUGGGGGCCUAUUGGGUUAGGUCUGGCUGCUGUGCCAGCUUUGCCUUUUAUGUUCGACAAGCCGGUGGAGGAAGCGACGGAGUGGGUGUUUCAUAAGGCCUUUGAGGCGAUUGGAGGACCGACUGCUGACCGGAGGUGGGGCAUAAGCAGAGCGAGAAGAGUCCCAAAGACGAGAUUUGAGAAGUCAAUCCCAGAGAAUGUUGUACAGAUCGCGGCGAAAGGAGCACAGCUGUAUAUACAUUUCCAUACUCCAUAAUAUCUCAGAAGGCUGAACCCCUUUAUCCUUACUUGCUACUGUUGAUGAGCUGUUUUAAGUACUUUCCUUGCUGGUUGCUUUUACAUCGGUCGGUCUCUGAACCAAACUGUUCACGACCAGCGAUGAGGCUGAUGCCUGGGACGCUCGCCGGGCCAAAAAGAAUUCGCUUUCACACUCCUGAUCAUCCUUCACAACAGUUGCACGCCUCAUAUCUCAACGAAUAUUGAAGCUACAAGAACAGCAAAAGUUUCGCUUCCCCGGACAGGAUUGAACUGUCAACCUCCCGAUGCUCUGCUCUUCUUGCUAGAAUAACAGUCGAACGCGCUAGCCAAUUGCGCCACGGAGAAGAUUCAUCGGUGCUAUGCGAUGAUUGGGCUCUUCUCCAGUAAGAAGGAUUUAUAUUAGCUGUGCGUGGUCUGUGCGGCCUUUGAUCGACGACGUGGGUCAUCUCCAGCUGACCAGGGAGGCCGGGAAUAGGCGUCCCGUGGGUCUGAGGCGUAUGAGGGAGUCUCCUGUUGUCAGGUGUUUGGUGAGAGGGACGAACAUCGAACAGGAUCUGUGCCGGAAUGUCUUCGAAGGUCCUUCUCAAGCGAUGUCUUGGCAACAACCAGAUCUCCGUGGGUGGGUAUCAUGAUUUUAAAUUCCAAAGUGACUUGCACAGCCUGUGACCAGUGCAAGAACAUUUGUCGUAGGUAAAACGCAACCAGCUUAUUCAACCUUUCCCAGCGUGUUGCUCCUCCUCCUUCAUCCUCGUCUUGAACUCUCUAGGCGUCUCAACCUCCUUCUUCUUGCUCCCGCCUAUAAUCUUCUUCAUCACACUCGGCUCCCUCCACAUCCCCACCUUCCUCUCUUUCGCCCGAUUCUCAGCCUCUUCAUACCUCUCCUUCUUCCCUCCAAACUCACUAUACAUCUUCGCCUCGUAAACCGUCGCCAACCCAGCCUUCAACAUCUCCAACCCAACAUCUUCCCUCCUCAAUCCAAACCACUUCCUCUUAUACACCGUAGCCACAACUCUGUCAUACUGAUCUCUCCGGUACGGCAAGACUCUCACAUAACGUCCCAAAAUCCUGUCUCUCAACCACUGCAAUGCUUCGGGUCCAUAUUCUUGCCCCGGUCUCCCGAAAUGCGCGUUCUCAGGCGCAUCAAUACCUGCGAUGCGAAUAGACAACGUCUGAUCUUUCAACUUCUUGUCUGUCGGAAUAGGUCGAAGAAUGCCCCAAGCAGUCCACCUCCCUCCAGGAGCAUGAAACAUGCGAAAAUUAUCUCCGUCUCCUACGUUUGUGACUUUGCCAUACAAAGAACGUUUUCGCAGCCAUUCUGGUUUUAGGUGAUUGACGUUUGGGAUUCGACGGAGACGGGUUUUGUAGAAGCGUGAUGCGGUGUAGGAGGCUAUGACGGAGAUGGUUGAGAUUGUGAUGACUUCGUUUGUGGUCCACCUUCGGCGAGAUGUGUC